GGUGCAGACGAGUUUAUGGGCCGCUGCAUCUGUCAACCGAGUCUGGAACGGAUGCCCCGGCUGGCCUGGUUCCCACUGACGAGGGGCAGCCAGCCGGCGGGUGAGCUGCUGGCCUCUUUUGAGCUCAUCCAGAGAGAGAAGCCGGCCAUCCACCAUAUUCCUGGUUUUGAGGUGCAGGAUACAUCAAGGAUCCUCGAUGAGUCAGAGGACACAGACCUGCCCUACCCGCCACCCCAGCGGGAGGCCAACGUCUACAUGGUUCCCCAGAACAUCAAGCCGGCUCUCCAGCGCACUGCCAUUGAGAUCCUGGCAUGGGGCCUGCGGAACAUGAAGAGUUACCAGCUGGCCAGCGUCUCCUCCCCUAGUCUCGUAGUGGAGUGUGGGGGCCAGAUGGUGCAGUCCUGCGUCAUCAGGAACCUCCGGAAGAACCCCAACUUUGACAUCUGCACGCUCUUCAUGGAAGUGAUGCUGCCUAGGGAGGAGCUCUAUUGUCCCCCCAUCGUGAUCAAGGUCAUUGACAACCGCCAGUUUGGCCGCCGGCCUGUGGUGGGCCAGUGUACCAUCCGCUCCCUGGAGAGCUUCCUGUGUGACCCCUACUCAGCGGAGAGUCCAUCCCCACAGGGUGGCCCAGACGACGUGAGCCUGCUCAGUCCCGGGGAAGAUGUGCUCAUCGAUAUCGACGACAAGGAACCCCUCAUCCCCAUGCAGCUUGCAGAUGGUCUGUCGAGCUUGGCCCCCACUAACAUGGCAUCUUCUCCAGCCAGUCCUCAUGAAGAGGAGUUCAUCGAUUGGUGGAGCAAAUUCUUUGCCUCCAUUGGGGAGAGGGAAAAGUGUGGCUCCUACUUGGAGAAGGAUUUUGACACUCUAAAGGUCUACGACACACAACUGGAGAAUGUGGAGGCUUUUGAGGGCCUGUCUGACUUUUGUAACACCUUCAAGCUCUAUCGGGGCAAGACUCAGGAAGAGAUGGAAGAUCCAUCUGUCAUUGGGGAAUUUAAGGGCCUCUUCAAAAUUUAUCCCCUCCCAGAAGACCCAGACAUACCCAUGCCCCCAAGACAGUUCCACCAGCUGGCUGCCCAGGGGCCCCAGGAGUGCUUGGUCCGUAUCUACAUUGUCCGAGCAUUUGGCCUGCAGCCCAAGGAUCCCAAUGGGAAGUGUGAUCCUUACAUCAAGAUCUCCAUAGGGAAGAAAUCAGUGAGUGACCAGGAUAGCUACAGGCCCUGCACCCUGGAGCCUGUAUUUGGAAAGAUGUUUGAGCUGACCUGCACUCUACCUCUGGAGAAGGACCUGAAGAUCACUCUCUAUGACUAUGACCUCCUCUCCAAGGAUGAAAAGAUUGGGGAGACAGUCAUCGACCUGGAGAAUAGGCUGCUGUCCAAGUUUGGGGCUCGCUGUGGACUCCCCCAGACCUACUGUGUCUCUGGACCAAACCAGUGGAGGGACCAGCUCCGCCCCUCCCAGCUCCUCCACCUCUUUUGCCAGCAGCACAGAGUCAAGGCCCCUGUGUACCACCCUGACCGCGUGGUGUUUCAGGAUAAAGAAUACACUAUUGAAGAGAUAGAGGCCGGCAGGCUUCCGAACCCACACCUGGGCCCUGUGGAGGAGCGUCUGGCUUUGCAUGUCCUCCAGCAGCAGGGCCUGGUCCCAGAGCAUGUGGAGUCACGGCCCCUCUACAGCCCCUUGCAGCCAGACAUUGAGCAGGGGAAGCUGCAGAUGUGGAUCGACCUGUUUCCUAAGGCCCUGGGGCGGCCUGGACCUCCCUUCGACAUCACUCCCCGGAGAGCCAAAAGGUUUUUCCUGCGUUGUAUUAUCUGGAACACCAAAGAUGUGAUCCUGGAUGACCUCAGCAUCACGGGGGAGAAGAUGAGCGACAUUUAUGUGAAAGGUUGGAUGGUCGGCUUCGAAGAGCACAAGCAGAAGACAGACGUGCAUUACCGCUCCCUGGGCGGCGAAGGCAACUUCAAUUGGAGGUUUAUCUUCCCCUUCGACUACCUGCCGGCUGAGCAAGUCUGCACCAUCGCCAAGAAGGAUGCCUUCUGGAAGCUGGACAAGACUGAGAGCAAAAUCCCAGCGCGAGUGGUAUUCCAGAUCUGGGACAACGACAGGUUCUCCUUUGAUGACUUUCUGGGCUCCCUGCAACUGGAUCUCAACCGCAUGCCCAAGCCAGUCAAGACGGCCGAGAAGUGCUCCUUGGACCAGCUGGAUGACACUUUCCACCCAGAAUGGUUUGUGUCACUUUUUGAGCAGAAAACAGUGAAGGGCUGGUGGCCCUGUGUAGCAGAAGAGGGUGAGAAGAAGAUCCUGGCGGGCAAGCUGGAAAUGACCUUGGAGAUUGUAGCAGAGAGUGAGCAUGAGGAACGGCCUGCUGGUCAGGGCCGGGAUGAGCCCAACAUGAACCCCAAGCUCGAGGACCCGAGGCGCCCCGACACCUCCUUCCUGUGGUUCACCUCCCCGUACAAGACUAUGAAGUUCAUCCUGUGGCGGCGUUUCCGCUGUGCUAUCAUCCUCUUCAUCCUUCUCUUUAUCCUCUUGCUGUUCGUGGGCAUCUUCGUCUAUGCCUUCCCGAACUAUGCUGCCAUGAAGCUGGUGAAGCCCUUCAGCUGAGGACUCUCCUGCCCUGGAGGAGGGCACCAUGUCCUCCUGGCCCAGGACUGGCCUUCCUCCUCUACCCAGCUCAGCUGAGCUCCUCCAGACCUCCAAGGCAUGACCGUCCUGCCAGGGUGAACAGAUAGACAGAUGGACUGGCACAUGCUCCAGCAGUUGCUGACACCAAGCCCUGGGAUCAUCUCACUUUUGUCAUUUCUUUCUCCCCCAACUCAACCUUUUUUAGGAUCAGCUCAUGUGUAUUUCAGUAUAAAACAGUUUGAACCACAAA